AUGCCUUUUGGAUUGUGCAAUGCUCCAGCUACAUUCCAAAGGUGUAUGAUGUCCAUAUUCACAGAUCUCAUAGAAGAGAUUAUGGAGGUUUUCAUGGAUGAUUUCUCAGUAUAUGGUUCUUCCUUUGAAUCAUGUUUGGGGAAUCUUGGAAGAGUGCUACAGAGAUGUGAAGACAAGCACCUAGUUCUAAAUUGGGAGAAGUGCCACUUUAUGGUUAGAGAUGGAAUAGUGCUUGGACAUAGAAUCUCAGAGAGAGGCAUAGAAGUUGACAAGGCCAAGAUUGAAGUAAUGACAAACCUUCAGCCGCCCAAGACAGUCAAAGAUAUCAGAAGCUUCCUAGGACAUGCUGGGUUCUACAGGAGGUUCAUUAAAGAUUUCUCACAGAUAGCAAGGCCGCUAACACGCCUAUUAUGCAAGGAUAUUAACUUUGAGUUCACAGAGGAGUGUCACAAGGCUUUCACUAAGAUCAAAGAGGCAUUGGUCAGUGCGCCAGUGGUUCAACCUCCAAACUGGGAACUACCUUUUGAGAUAAUGUGUGAUGCAAUUUAUGCAGCUGAAGCUAGCAAUAAGCAUGGACAACUAGGCCAUCACAGGCCAGGAACAAAGAUCUCAUCAUCAAACACACCAUGGUUUCGCCACAUAGCAAACUUCCUUGCAGCUGAAUACCCACCACCAAACUUCUUUGGCUACAGAAAGAAGAAGUUUCUGCGUGAUGUAAGAAGGUACUACUGGGAUGAACCUUACUUAUACAAGAAAUGUUCAGAUGGAAUGUUUAGAAGAUGCAUACCAGAGGAAGAGGUAGAAGGAAUAUUGUUUGCUUGUCAUAGUUCUAGCUAUGCAGGGCACUUUGCCACUUACAAGACAGUAUCCAAGGUCCUACAAGCUGGAUUUUGGUGGCCAACUAUGUUUAAGGAUGCUCAUGCAUUCAUAUCAAGAUGUGAUGCUUGCCAAAGAAUGGGAAAUAUAAGCAAGAGGAAUGAGAUGCCACAGAACUUUAUACUAGAAGUUGAAGUUUUUGAUGUUUGGGGCAUUGACUUUAUGGGACCUUCCCAACCUCUUUUGAAUCUUUGCCAACCUUUUGAAGAAGCAUGGAGUCACUCACAAAGUUGCCUCUCCUUACCACCCCAAACUAGUGGACAAGUUGAGAUCUCAAACAGAGAACUCAAGAGCAUACUUCAGAAGACAACAGGCAAGACAAGAAAGGAUUGGAGUGCCAAACUAGAUGAUGCUCUAUGGGCAUACCGCACUGCCUUCAAAACACCACUUGGUACCACCCCCUUUCAUCUUGUUUAUGGUAAAGCAUGUCAUUUACCUGUGGAGCUGGAGUACAAAGCAGCUUGGGCUAUUAAGGAGUUGAACUUCAACCUAAAGACAGCAGGAGAAAGAAGAUUGAUUCAGCUGAAUGAGCUUGAUGAGAUUAGGCAUCUGGCUUAUGAGAAUUCAAAGAUCUAUAAGGAGAGAACCAAAGCUUUCCAUGACCGCAAGAUCAUCCCAAAGAACUUUGCGCCAAACGACCAAGUUCUACUAUUCAACUCAAGGUUGAAACUCUUUCCAGGAAAGCUUCGCUCAAGAUGGUCAGGACCAUUCAGGAUUAAAGAAGUUCGCCCCUAUGGAGCAGUGGUACUAUGGGACCCAAUGGGAGGAGACUUUACAGUCAAUGGACAAAGGUUAAAACCUUACCUAGCCUCCACCACCAUACCACAGGAGACCACACUAGCUCUUGGCGAUCCACCAGAUCCUUAA